AGAGGGUGACGUAACCCUACAUUACGUCACGGUCAUGUGAUCAAUACGGAAGUAAACAGCAGCUGAGCGGACUGAACGCGACGGGAGAAAGGACCGGCUCUCCAAAUGACAUCUCUGAUAUGCACUUUGCAAGACCAUCGAGACGAUGUCAACUGGUGUGCCUUCUCUGGCAAACUGUUUGCCUCUUGUUCUGGGGAUAAAACCCUCAGGGUGUACAACACCCGAGACUUCUCAGAGCUGCCCUUCUCACCGCUGUCAGGACAUGGCUACGGCGUCCACUGCUGCUGCUUCAGCGCCUGCGGACAGUUCCUUGCCUCGUGUUCGACUGAUGCAACCACAAUGGUUUGGUCCAUGGACACGGGUGAGAUCGAGGCCGUCCUGGAGCAUCCUGGUCGUAGUCCUGUGAGGAUCUGUGCGCUCUCUCCUGACUCUUCCCACCUGGUUUCUGGUGCAUCUGAUGGCACUUUGGCUGUGUGGGAUUUCCCCUCCAAACAGCUGCGCAGGACGGGAGCAGUGAAUGACACGACUAUGGUAGCCUGCUCCUUCAGCCCCUGCAGUCAGGUGUUCAUGACCGGCUCCAGCUACGGAGACCUGCGUCUGUGGGACCUGGACAUGAAUCAGCUCCAUGCAGAGAAAAAUGCCCACGACCUGGGGGUCACCUGCUGCACCUUCGCUCCCAAAAUCCACAGUGGUGGUCAAGUUGUGCAGUUUCGUCUGGCGUCUUGUGGGCAAGAUAGUCUCCUGAAGAUCUGGGCCAUCAACAAGUUCAGCUCUGGAGGCUAUAAGAUGCAGCUCCUGCACACAUUAACUGGCCAAUCGGCUCCGGUGCUCUCCUGUGCGUACUCCUCAGAUGGGCAGCUGCUUGUGUCUGGCUCUGUGGACAAAACUAUCACGAUCUAUGAUGCUAAAAAUGCAGUUUUGCUUUACACACUGAACCAGCAUGACAGGUACGUAACGGCAUGUUGCUUCUCUCCAACUUCACCACUUAUUGCCACUGGAUCUAUGGAUAAGACUGUAAACAUCUGGAGGGUGGAGGAUGGAUGCAGUGGCCGUGGAGGGAAAUCAUUGCCUGAGCAGUCUGAUGUGACAUCAAGUGAAGAGAGAACCUCAGCGGGCCAAUCCAGGCUGCUGGUCAGCGAUUGGUCGGAGGGGGAUGUGUCUGCGUGGCUGGUGGAGGAAGGCCUCGAGGGAUUGGUGGACAAAUUCAGGGCCAACAACAUAGAUGGGACAGAGCUGCUCAGUCUCACCAAGGAAACACUGGCGUCAGAGCUGCACAUAGAGUCAGUAGGCCUGCGCAGUAAACUCCUGAGGAAGGUGGAGGAGCUUAAGAGUGAUUCGGUGUGUUCAGGAAUUCCUGAUGAGUUCCUGUGUCCAAUCACCCGGGAGCUGAUGAGGGAACCAGUCAUCGCUGCCGAUGGAUACUCGUAUGAAAGAGACGCCAUCAACAGCUGGAUCAACACUAAGAACCGCUCCAGCCCCAUGACCAACCUCCCGUUACUGACGACUCUGCUCACCCCUAACCACACUCUGAAGAUGGCUAUCGGCCGCUGGAAGACCAGCCACUAGCAUCUGGAAGACCCACAGUGCCCCAAAUAUUUCCCCCAAAGUAGACAGCAGCAUUUCAAGUAUGGGUGCAUCUGAUUUUGUUCCAUUCGGGGCAUCUGGGGAGUUUCUUUGUUGGCAUUAAUUUGUAAAGCUGCAAUUUUUUACCAUCGGGGAGCAGAAUCGUAGCAACAGGUCUAAAUAUACUUUCAGCUUAUUAAGUUUUAAUGGCCAACCAUCACAUUAAGUAGAUAAAGAGCAAUAAGAGCAUCCCGGGGGAGUGCUUCUUUUGGCCAUCUGAAGAUUGCAAGUUUAAAGCAGCUAUAAUCAAUAUUAUAAUAACAAAGCUUUACAGCGUGGUCAUUUUAGCUGUCUGGCCUGCAACUUCACUGUUGUCGUUCACUCUCGCCGUUCUCAUAUUGUUGUUUUCAGUGUGAAAAUAAACCCACUUAGGAGCAGAUAUUUCCCUCUGGAGUUGAAAUUAUUGUGAA